GCCCAGGGACCCUUGACGUAGGAACUUUUGAACGCCGCGAUGAUCGAUAGGUGCUUUCAUUGCUCUUGUCUUGGGGUAGUCAGAUCUUCUGCUCUCGGCAUUACAUUUUCUAAGGCUGUGCGUGUCGGGAGAAGAGAAAAAGAAGAGAUCCCCGCUCCCCAACUCUUGAUCUCGUUCUUCCAUCGUCCCACCUUCCUAUUGUCGUCUCACCCUCGCUGCCAGCGCCAAGAUGAAGGGUCUUCACGGUUACUACUUCCUCCUCCCCAUCAUCACCUUUUCUCUUUGGAUCACCGACAUUGUCGGCCUCUUGGGUCUCUGGCGAGCUGAUGGCUUUCCACAAUACGAGAACACCGAAGCGAACAUUGUCUUCAUCUCGGACGUUGGAGCUGCACACCACACCUACUUCAUUAUCUUCUCGUCGCUUUCGGCCGGCUUCUACAUCCUGACGGUCCUUGUCGAGCGUCACCUGCGUCACCAGCGAAGGAUCCCCGGUAGCUUGAAGAAGAAGCAGACGGUGCUCGACAUCUUUUCACUCCUCUUUGCCGUCAUUGGUGCGGCGGCGCUCGUCCUCUUGAGCGUCUUUGAUGCGUUCCACUACUCCAAUGUCCACUGGUCCAUGACGGUCGUUUUCGUCGUGGGCGUCGGCCUAUCGGUGCUCUUCCAGACAAUCGAGAUCUUCUCGCUGUCCAAGCACCACGACAACUACCUCUGGCACCUCAAGGCUAUGGCCAUCGUCAAAACAAUUCUCCUCGCCUUUGCCGUCGCGGUCCUUUUGACUUUCGUUGGCCUCUAUGCGACGUGUCGCGGAGAAGUGAUUGGCAGCAACGCUCGUUGCGACCGCAUUGUCUCGGCAGCAGGCGUUAUGGAGUGGAUCUGCGCCUUCAUCCUCUCCUUCUUCUUCUUGACCUACGUCGUCGACUUCUGGCCCGCCCGUCGCCGAGCAAAUGCCGGCCUCAAUGAGAAGGGCGAUGCCGUCGAGGAUCCCAGCCGGGCUCAGCACUACUCGGGUGGAAUGGUGGACACGGGACGGCCAAUGAUUCCUGAUGCCUACGGCGGAGCAAACGACGGUACUGUUCGCAGCACGCAGACGGCACCUAGCCUGAACCAGCAGCCGCUGAGGGAUGAGGACAUCGGAAGGGCAGCCUAAAUACCCUGCCCAUUAGCCCCCAUUCUUGUAUACAUAGAUGAUUGUUACUGCCCUUUCUCUCGCCCUCCUCCCCUCGUUCUGCUCGCACUUUUCUCCGUAUCUUGCUUCACACUAUCCCCCUUAUUCACUCAUCGUGCGUUAACGAAACGGAAAUGAAUUGCUCGUGAUA